GCGGCAGCAGCAGCUAGAGCAGGAGCAGCGAUAGCUCUGAUAGCUCGGGGUUUCCAGAACAGGAGCUGUGGCCGUGGCAGCAGCUCAGUGGGGGCACCUGUGCAGAGCAGCAGUAGCAGGAGAGGGGGUGGGGUUCGUACCAGCCACUCUCUGAGCCUGAAGGAAGGGGCACCUCCCAGCCCCUUAGGAAUCCACUGCUCCGCAGAAUCUUGACACCGAGCUGGGAAUGCUGGUUGGGGUAGACAUGUGCAAGACCAGCUAGAGGGCUAGGAAAGGUAAACAGUUGGUCCAAGUGUAGAGAGACAACGAAAGCUGUUUCUGGGACCAUGACAGCUUCCCACCUGGACUUUGGGGAGGUGGAAACUUUCCUGGACAGGCACCCAGAGUUGUUUGAAGAUUAUUUGAUGCGUAAGGGGAAGCAGGAUAUGGUGGAGAAGUGGCUGCAGAGGCACAGUCAGAGGCAGGGGGCUUUAGGCCCAAGGCUGGCACUGCCUGGCACCAGCAGCUUGGCUCAAGUCAGUGGCAGAGGCAGCAGCAGCAUUGGUGGUGGCACUGGAUCAAAUGGCUCUGCCAACAGCCAGCCCACUCCAGGUGGUGGGGACUGUGGCGGAGUACCCUUGAGUCCCAGCUGGGCCAGUGGCAGCCGGGGUGAUGGGAACCUGCAGCGAAGAGCUUCUCAGAAAGAGCUAAGGAAGAGUUUUGCCCGCUCCAAAGCCAUCCACGUGAACAGGACCUAUGAUGAACAAGUGACCUCCCGGGCCCAGGAGCCCCUGAGCAGUGUGCGGCGGAGGGCACUUCUCCGGAAGGCCAGCUCCCUGCCCCCCACCACAGCCCAUAUUCUCAGUGCCCUGCUGGAAUCGAGGGUGAAUCUGCCUCAGUAUCCCCCUACAGCUAUGGACUACAAGUGCCAUCUCAAAAAGCAUAAUGAGCGUCAAUUCUUUCUGGAACUGGUCAAAGAUAUCUCCAAUGACCUUGACCUUACCAGCCUGAGCUACAAGAUCCUCAUCUUUGUCUGCCUCAUGGUGGAUGCUGACCGCUGCUCUCUCUUCCUGGUGGAAGGGGCGGCUGCUGGCAAGAAGAGUUUGGUCUCCAAAUUCUUCGAUGUGCAUGCGGGAACCCCACUGCUGCCCUGCAGCAGCACAGAGAACUCAAACGAGGUACAGGUCCCUUGGGGCAAAGGCAUCAUUGGCUAUGUCGGGGAACAUGGAGAAACAGUCAACAUUCCUGAUGCCUACCAGGAUCGAAGAUUCAAUGAUGAAAUUGACAAGCUAACUGGUUACAAGACAAAAUCGCUGUUGUGCAUGCCUAUCCGAAGCAGCGAUGGUGAGAUUAUCGGUGUGGCACAAGCGAUAAAUAAGAUUCCUGAGGGUGCUCCAUUUACUGAAGAUGACGAAAAAGUUAUGCAGAUGUAUCUUCCGUUUUGUGGAAUCGCCAUAUCUAAUGCUCAGCUAUUUGCCGCCUCAAGGAAAGAAUAUGAAAGAAGCAGGGCAUUGUUAGAGGUGGUUAAUGAUCUCUUUGAAGAACAGACUGACCUGGAGAAAAUUGUCAAGAAAAUAAUGCAUCGGGCCCAAACUCUGCUGAAAUGUGAGCGCUGUUCUGUUUUACUCCUAGAAGACAUUGAAUCGCCAGUGGUGAAGUUUACCAAAUCCUUUGAAUUGCUGUCCCCAAAGUGCAGUGCCGACGCUGAGAACAGUUUCAAAGAGAGCAUGGAGAAAUCAUCGUACUCUGACUGGCUGAUAAAUAACAGCAUUGCCGAGCUCGUGGCUUCUACAGGUCUUCCAGUGAACAUCAGUGAUGCCUACCAGGACCCUCGCUUUGAUGCUGAGGCUGACCAGAUAUCUGGUUUUCACAUAAGAUCGGUUCUCUGUGUACCUAUUUGGAAUAGCAACCACCAAAUAAUUGGAGUGGCUCAAGUGUUAAACAGACUUGACGGAAAACCUUUUGAUGAUGCGGACCAACGACUUUUUGAGGCUUUUGUUAUCUUUUGUGGCCUUGGCAUCAACAACACAAUUAUGUACGAUCAAGUGAAGAAGUCUUGGGCCAAGCAGUCCGUGGCUCUUGAUGUGCUAUCAUACCAUGCGACAUGUUCAAAAGCUGAAGUUGACAAGUUUAAGGCAGCCAACAUCCCUUUGGUGUCAGAACUUGCCAUCGAUGACAUACAUUUUGACGACUUUUCUCUUGACGUUGAUGCCAUGAUCACGGCUGCUCUUCGGAUGUUCAUGGAGCUGGGGAUGGUACAGAAAUUUAAAAUUGACUAUGAGACACUGUGUAGGUGGCUUUUAACUGUGAGGAAAAAUUAUCGAAUGGUUCUGUACCACAACUGGAGACACGCCUUCAACGUGUGCCAACUGAUGUUUGCGAUGUUAACUACUGCUGGGUUUCAAGAGAUUCUGACUGAGGUGGAAAUUUUAGCGGUGAUUGUGGGAUGCUUGUGUCAUGACCUUGACCACAGGGGAACCAACAAUGCCUUCCAAGCUAAGAGUGGCUCUGCCCUGGCCCAACUCUAUGGGACCUCUGCUACUUUAGAGCACCACCACUUUAACCACGCCGUGAUGAUCCUUCAAAGUGAGGGUCACAACAUCUUUGCUAAUUUGUCCUCCAAGGAAUACAGUGACCUCAUGCAACUUUUGAAGCAGUCAAUAUUGGCAACAGAUCUCACUCUGUACUUUGAGAGGAGAACUGAAUUCUUUGAACUUGUCAGUAAAGGAGAAUAUGAUUGGAACAUCAAAAACCAUCGUGAUAUAUUUCGAUCAAUGUUAAUGACAGCCUGUGACCUUGGAGCCGUGACCAAACCGUGGGAGAUCUCGAGACAGGUGGCUGAACUUGUAACCAGUGAGUUCUUCGAACAAGGAGAUCGGGAGAGAGCAGAACUCAAACUCAUUCCUUCCGCUAUUUUUGAUCGGAACCGGAAAGAUGAACUGCCUCGGUUGCAGCUGGAGUGGAUUGAUAGCAUCUGUAUGCCUUUGUAUCAGGCACUGGUGAAGGUCAAUGUGAAACUGAAGCCAAUGGUGGAUUCGGUGGCUGCAAACAGAAGUAAAUGGGAAGAGCUGCACCAGAAAAGGCUGCUAGUCUCAGCUGCCUCACCCUCCUCUGCCAGCUUCAUGGUGGCCGGGGCAGAUAGUAACUAACCCUCCAGGUCAGCUGCUGCUGCAAAAUGACUACGUCUUAAAGGCCUAGCUUUGGUCCAGCUACAUCAUCCUUUGUUCCUUUAAGCUCAGACAGACAUAAAGUCUCAAGGAUGCACUGGAAGCAUGCCUGGGCUUUCACCUGAACUGUGGUCUGCAAAGGAGAGCACCACAGAAAAGACAGAGGAAGAGGUAGGACAGGGACACUCCAGGGUCCUCAACUUCCCUGAUGAACAGACAUGGGCUGCGAUUGAGACAAGGCAUUGGGCAGAGGACCACUGCAGAUUCAGGACCUGAGGACAGCCAGCCCUUCUCAUUCUAAGCCAAGGCAACACAGAACCAUAAAGGUGUCACUCGCGCCGCUUCAUUUUGUAUAUGGCUCUUUGAUUUGUUACAAGCCAAACGAUGCCUGUCUUUGCAUCCUCUCCUGACUGCCCUUGUGUGCCAGACUGUCCCAAGAAUCUCAAUAAGGUAUUUUAUUUUUAUCCUAAGCUUCUUAAUGAUGGCUCAGAGCCUUUAGACUUGCCUGCCUAAAAGAUAAACUCUAUUAUCCUUACAAAUACCAACCAUUCACACUGUUCCCCUGAAAAGGGCCAUUGUAGAAAUACAGCAAAUGUCUCUGGUUGGUGUUUACCCAAGGUUCAUUAACACGGCGUUGAGGUUGUGGUCCCCUUUUUCAGUUUUUUAAUUCGACUUUCAUUGUAGACCAAGUCUACUCCCAGAAGGAAUAGAUUAAUAGACUUUAAUUAAAGUAAGGAUGAUAGGAACUCUAUAGCUGGAUUUACCACAAGUGACAUAUGAACACUCAGGAACCAUUUCCAACAGUAAGACGUUUCAUAGGACACGACAGAGCCACGGAGAAUGAUCACUGACUAUCUUGAGUUAUCUUAGUAAUUUUUUAAAAUAAAAUUUAAUGUUACUAUCAGUACCAACCUACAGCCAAAUGCAAGAGUCUCCAGUUUUAGAUUUUUGCUUAAGUGUAUGAAAUAAUGCUUAAAAGGUUAAGAAAUAAUGGCCUGGGCAGAGAAUGAAUAUUCUCUUGAAAGCAGGUUUAUAAUGGGUAAAAGUAAACUAUAGUAAAUGGAUGCGAUGACUGGAAAGCUACUUUGCUUCCUAUUUUACCUAAGACUGAGGAUAGAGUAUGCCAUAUCCAAAGCACACUAACUAGAAGCUAGACUUAUAACCUUAGCUUUGCCAUGAUUGACUGGAUGACUUUGGACAAGUCACCUGACUUCCCACAGCCUAUCUCCUCAUUUGUCAAAUGAGAAUACACUAGGAAAUUAUUUUUAAACACAUUUUAACGUUAGAACUCUUUGUUCAAAUAUAUCUUACAAGGAAUUCCCAAUAUA